AUGUCCAAGUUGUUCGGUAUGAUGGCGUCAUUUCACACAUCAUCUUUGCCAAUCGCAAAUCGCCGACUAUCCGAGACGCUAUUUAUUUUUGACGAUAUCUGGAAAAAGGAUCAUUACGAAUACUUAUCUUUUGCCAAGAAGUCAAUCUCUACUUCACGAUUUAAGUAUCUAGAAAAUGAGCUCGACCAUCACUGCAUCCGUUUACCGGAAAAUCUAACGUAUGACGAAGCUAUAGAACUGCUUGCGUUACUUGCCGGGAACGAUAGUGAUCAGAUAUUGCGUCAAAAUCAAGUUAUCAAGAAUGUUAUCGACAGUUGUCAAGGUUUACCAUUAGCUAUAUCUUUAAUUGGUCGUCUUGGUUUAAAAACUGAUGAAGAGUGGAAUAAAGCAAAGGAUAUCAUUGCCGAAAAGUCUGCACCAACUAAAUUAGCUCAUUACGAUUUCAAUCUAUACGGGACUUUAGAAUUAAGUGUUAAUUCUUUGGAUAAUGAGAAUAGACGAUUAUUUGAGCAACUAGCUGUAUUUAAGCGAGUUAGUAUUCCUAUUCAAUCUGUUGCAGCGUUAUGGGACUGCGAAAAAUCGGCAGCUCAUCUUCACUUAAGCGAAAUGAAUAACAAAUCAUUACUUACAUAUGAUGCAAAAAAAUCGCACUGUGUUCUACACGAUUUGAUGGUCGACUAUCUACAGCAACGACUCUACUCGCACAAUUCUAACCAAGAUUAUCGCAAGAGUCUAAACAAAAUGUUGAUCGAUGGUUACCCUGAAAAUGAUGAAGAUCUUCAAAGUAUUAUGACCGAUUUCGAUUGGAUGAAACAUAAAAUUGAAAUAGACAGGACGAUCUAUAACCUAGACUGCGAUUUAACAAACUACAUCGACUAUCUAAAUGAAAGAAAUAAGAACUGGGAGGAUUUCGAUCAACUCAAGCAGCUUCUCAAGCAGCGACAACCUUGGCUAGAUGUAAACAAAAGUAAUGUCCUUCAAAUGAUCUUGUGGUUUGGCAUGUCAGAUAGUUGGAUAAAACAGCGAGCUUUGGAAUUAGCUAAGGAAAAUGUGCGAAAUGGUGAAAGUUAUUGGAGCAUGUCAAGGUGUUCAACUAGUGCAACAACUCGAUGUACUUAUGAUGCAUGCAAAGCAAUCGGUAAGAAUCGCGGCGAUGACCAUAUAUCAGUUUCGAAUCCCGACUUUGGACCUUUGCGAAUAAUUGGUACUCAAAAUAAUUAUGAAGAAGACUGCCAAAUUGUGAUUGAAGAUUAUCAAACAUCACAAACUGUGCUUGAAAUAUCAAAACCAAGCAUGUAUAUUAGAGAAGUUGAAAUCUCAGCUGACGGUCGGACUGCAGCCUUCCUGCAAUUAAGCAGAAAGCACGAGUGGAUCGUUUACGAUCUCGAUAAAAAUGAAGAUAUAAGCUUUGCCCAAAACGAUCAAGGGGAAGGCGUUAACACUGACUUUGAUUCCGUACAAUUUUGCCCUGCUCAAUCUCAAACCCAAGUGAUCAUGACACUCUCUGGAGAUUUCCGUGAAGUUAGGAUUUGGAAGAUUGAGGGGAAUUGUAUUAGACCUACAAAUAAGCAAAUAUCACGCCAAUACAAAAUAGAAUAUUGUCGAUGGGUACUAGUGCAAGAUAGUGCUUGUGUCUUGUUGUGGGAAGAAUAUCGAAGUCAACGAGGGAAGUUUGAAGACUAUGAACGUGACGAUCCGGAAAAGUGGAUUAAUGAAUGUCAAAUUGAAAUGUGGAAUGCACAGCAAUGGACUUGUCGAUCAUUCAAAGUACCUGCUUUCAUCCAUGCAAAGGAUGAUGAUCGGUACUUUGCUACCAAUGAUUUUCAACAUGGCUUGCCCUUAAGGUACAUCAACAUCUACCGUGAUGCAGCCUAUAUGAUAUUGUCAUACACCAGCUCUAGAAGUAGUACAAUUGGUCUGUUAAAAAUGGAACAAGAUAUCGAAUUUCAAAAUCAGUUUCGGCCAAUAUUACAUGAUGUUGGAAACGUUGUUGAUAUUUUGGUAUCAGGCGAUCAGUCAAUGAUCGCUAUUGACUGUUUUAAGAAGAAACUCAUACUCAAAAUGAGUUGUGAUCAAGUCCAAUCUCGUGCUAGAGUUGAUCAAUAUGGUCGAUCAAUGUUUAUUCCUGGUAGUAAUCGAUUGCUUAUUUAUGAUGAACCUAAUGUAUAUGAAUAUAAUUUACAAGGCGAUAAAAUUGCUUGGCAAGAUAUCUCUCAAACAAAAUCAGUUGAUCUUGAAAGACCCCAACGUAACCACAAAACUACCGUCAACACAUUUAAUCUGAUCGAGUUUGUAGGUAUAGAAGAUUGUAGAAAGUACAGGGAAUUAAUCAAUGGAAUACUUGCAGAAGAAUCGAUUGCUGAAGAUGGGAUACGCUUCAGAUAUAGAAAGAAGGAUUACAUACUCAUUCUCUUUCCUAGAUUCCCCUCAUACGUAAUAACUGUUAACCUUACGACCGGAAAGAAGAGCGUUUAUCGACUGACAUUGAGUGAUUAUGCUCGUGUUGUGUAUGUUGAUGAUGAUUAUCUUUAUGUUUGGGAAAGAAAGGAAGAUGAUGCAUGUAGCUUGAAAUGUUACAAGUUUGGGGAUGGUGAACAUCGUACGCAAUUACUGCAAAAUAUUGAGUAUCAAAGGAAGGAAGGAUUAAUCAGUAAAAUAAUGAUGAAUUCUAACUCUAAUCAACCUGCUGCGGUUGGACAUUCGCCUCUUCGUGUGAAUAAAGAAAAAUUAGUAGAUGUAUGGGGAGAGAAAGAUGCCGAAAUGAUUGCUAAUGUACCAGGUUUCGACGAUCUUUUGCUACUACUGGAAAAUGGAGACCAUAUAGCAAUACUCGACCAAGAUGGAAAUUUAUGCAUGAAAAGAUACAAAGACAAAAUCAAAUACUUCCAUCAUAUCACACAAUUCUUCAACCAUGAAAAUCUAUGGUCGGACAAGCAGUUAAUCCUAUAUCAAAAUCGAUCUAGUUUGAAUAUUUAUAGCCCCCAAACACAAAUUACUCUACCAUUCCGUCACUUCAGAAUAUGGGACAUGCAAUGGAAUCUUCAACACUCUCAACUCAUCAUCAGGAGUGAUCAGGAUUACUGCUUAGUAACCCCAGUGAAAAAGACAUGA